AUGAGGCUGAAAUUACCAAACCCAGGACUGGAUGACCGGAUCCCGUCUCACAAGGACCUGGAGAGGAUGGAGAAGGAAGAGGCUGGAGACAGGCCAAAAUGGGACAACAAAGCCCAGUACCUGCUCACCUGUGUCGGCUUCUGUGUGGGACUCGGCAACGUCUGGAGGUUCCCUUAUUUGUGUCAAAGUCACGGAGGAGGAGCGUUUAUGAUUCCAUUCCUCAUCCUGCUGGUUCUGGAGGGAAUCCCACUGCUGCACCUGGAGUUUGCCAUCGGUCAGCGACUGAGGAAAGGCAGCGUGGGAGUGUGGAGCUCAAUCAAUCCCUGUCUCACUGGAGUUGGUAUUGCUUCCCUGUUUGUCUCAAUUUUGGUGGGUGUGUACUACAACACCAUCAUGGCCUGGAUCAUGUGGUAUCUCUUCAACUCCUUUCAAGAUCCUCUUCCUUGGAGCCAAUGUCCUCUGAAUGCUAACAGGACAGGCUUGGUUGAGGAGUGUGCUCGCAGCAGCACGGUCGACUACUUCUGGUACAGGGAGACCCUGAACACGUCAACAGCUAUUGAUGAGUCUGGGGGGCUGCAGUGGUGGAUAGUGCUGGCCUUGGUGGCUGCCUGGAGUCUGCUCUAUGUCUGCUGCAUCCGGGGGAUUGAGACCUCGGGAAAGGCCGUGUACGUCACAUCUACUCUGCCAUAUUUGGUCCUCACCAUCUUCCUCAUCAGAGGACUGACUCUGAAAGGCUCUAUAGACGGAAUCAAGUUUCUCUUCACACCAGAUGUGAAUGAGUUACUAAAUCCGUCAACCUGGUUGGAUGCUGGUGCCCAGGUGUUCUACUCCUUCUCUUUGGCUUUUGGAGGUCUCAUCUCUUUCUCCAGCUACAACUCUGUUCACAACAACUGUGAGCAAGACGCUGUUCUUAUCUCCAUCAUCAAUGGCUGCACAUCAGUGUACUCUGCGACGGUUAUCUACUCCAUCAUCGGCUUCAGGGCCACACAAAAUUAUGACGCGUGCUUAGACGGCAACAUUUUGAAGCUGAUGAAUGCCUUCAACCAUCCCGAAAACAACAUCACAGAAAGCAACUACUAUGACGUUCUGGCGCACCACAACCAAACAAGUCCAGAGAUCAUCCAAGAAUUGAACCUACGGGUCUGUGACUUGCAGACCUUUCUCAGUGAGGGUGUUGAGGGGACAGGUUUAGCCUUCAUCGUGUUCACUGAGGCCAUCAUCAAGAUGCCCUUUUCACCUCUCUGGGCUGUCCUGUUCUUCAUCAUGCUUUUCUGCCUCGGACUCUCCACUAUGUUUGGCAACAUUGAGGGAGUAGUGGUUCCUUUGCAGGACCUAAAGUUGCUCCCAAAAACCUGGCCCAAAGAACUCUUUGCUGGCCUGACAUGUUUAUUUUCUUUCGUACUUGGGCUCAUAUUUGCUCAGAGAUCUGGAAACUACUGGUUGGCUCUUUUUGACAGCUUUGCAGGAUCUAUUCCUCUUCUGGUUAUCGGGUUCACUGAAAUGGUUGCUGUCAUCUAUGUCUACGGCGUAGAUAGGUUUAACGAGGACAUUGAGUUUAUGAUUGGCCACAAGCCCAAUAUAUUCUGGCAGGUGACGUGGAGGUUUAUUAGUCCACUCAUUAUGAUCGUCAUCUUGGUAUUUUACUUUGUUACCCAAGUCACCAAGGACAUCACCUAUUUGGUUUGGGACCAGGAGGCGGAGAACUUCCCAACCCUUGACCCACGUCCAUAUCCCUCCUGGAUCUACGUCAUCAUCUUCAUCCUGGCUGGAAUUCCAAGUUUAGCCAUCCCCAUAUUUGGUUUCUUCAAAUUCAUCUACAUGAGAUGCAAGCGGAAGGACUACGGUGACAGUACAGUGGACACCAUCUCUGCCACAGUACAAAUGAAUGAAAAAAUUAAGUUUUAAAUUGCUUCUUCUUUCGUGAAGCUGUUUCAUGUUUGCCUGUACGACGCUUGUGCAGAAUAUUACACUUAUUGCACAAUGACAGAAGAGCACAUUCCCGAUUACUAGAAAGUAGGAAUCAAUUUGAAAGGAUUUUCUGUGAAAUAUUCGUUUUGAAGAAUAGGAUUGACGAUACCUUUUUAUUAAUGUUCUAAUAUUAGUUUCCCCGUUGUGUCAUGAUUUAUGUGUUAUUGUAUGCUGUUUGUUCAGGCAGUAUUUUGGGAAAGACAGUCAUUGUUGAUGACUUUGAAAACAUAUAAUAUACAUAUACAUAGAUAUACAUAUAAUUCAUAUUUUUCAUGAUUUCCCAUUUGUCUGGUUUGUAAUUGAGCCAUGUUCACAGUGUCAGCUUCUUUUAUACAUAUAUCUAGUGUUUUAUCUAGCAGGAAAAAAGUCUGAGCCCUUUGCCUAAUUUCAUAAGUUUGCUGUAUGUGAAACGAUUUGUAAUAUUUUGUAAAUAACCCUCUUGAAGCAGAUCUUUGUUAAAUUAUAACAUUUGUUAUAUUGUGAGCUUCUCCAUGGUCCUUUUUCGUUCGCUACAUCACAGGUUUUUAGAUGAUGUUUGUGCUGUUUAUACUUUUUUAAAUAGUGUUUUAAUGUAUAUUGCAACACUGCACUUACCCUGCCAUAAACGGUCAGGUUAUGUGACCUGUUAAUAAUCUCCUCACCGGUUCAGACUUAACAACAAAAUUAUGUGGUUACUAUGUGGUCCUGUUGAGCUAGUAAAAUAAAUUGUGUGGAAUAUCAUGAACUUA